AUGGAAAGCUUAGAGCUCACAGAAGUAGAGUUAAAAGGCAGAGAUGAGCUAUUGUUCAGGCUGCCAUUAGAUGUGAAGCCACUGCAAUAUGACUUAAGAUAUGUACCAAAGAUUUAAGAGAAGAUGUUUUAUAAUGAGCUGACUAUUAAGAUAUUUAUCAGUAGCAAGAAAGAUAUUGAUGAAGUCAAUUUGCACAUGAAAGAUCUUCAAGUUAAUUCACUCCAAAUAAUAAAGAUAGUAGACGGAAGUGAAAAGAUCUAUGAAACUUCGUUGACAAAGAAUGAAAACUAUAUAUAAGAUACAUUUUCUAUCAAAUUCCUGGAUUAAGAGAUUAAGUUUGAAGCGAGGUCUGAAUACUUUUUAAGAUUUUAAUACCAGGGAAAGAUCAAGACUCAUGAAAUGACAGGUAUAAAUUUCUUUUCAUUAAACCUUACUAUAGGAGUAUUCAUGCUGUGCGAUCCUAAAUUGCUUGAUAACAAAGAAAAGUAAAUGUUUGAUUAUGGAGAUGAGCUUCUUCUGUAAAACAAUGAGGUCUUGGAAUAAAUAUAGAUUUGCACACACUUUGAAGAUAAAUUUGCUAGGUAGAUGCUGCCCUGCUUUGAUGAGCCUUUAUUUAAAUCAGUGUUUAAUGUCAUAGUUGAGAUUGAGUAUGAAAAUCAUGACGUGAUAUCUAAUUCCCUCGUUAAAGAGAUCACCAAGACUGAAAACAAAAAAGUCUACACUUUUGAUUCAACUCCUCUAAUGUCUACUUAUCUACUCUGUAUCGUAAUAGGCAAAUUUGACAAAAAUACGUUGCAUUCAAAGUCUGGAGUACAAGUAUCAACCUAUCUUCCUACGGGAGAAGGUGUGAAAUCUCUUGAUGCUCUCUAGCUUGCAGCUGAUAGUAUAGAUUUCCUUGAAGAUUAUUUCCAAGUCAAAUACCCUCUUACCAAAUUAGACCUAAUAGGUUAUUAUAAUCAUAUAGUAAGAGCAAUGGAAAACUGGGGUUGUGUUACAUUUAUUAAAAAAUUACUAAUCAAGGAAGAGGGAGAUGAAUUCGAUGAAUAUGAUUAUAAGAGAAAUUGCAAGACAAUAGCACAUGAAAUAUCUCACAUGUGGUUUGGAAACCUAGUUACAAUGGAAUGGUGGGAUGACAUCUGGCUGAAUGAAGGGUUUGCAAGAUACAUGGAACAUGUAAUCCUUGAUAAAAUAAGACCAGAACUUAAGAUUUGGCUCAUGUACAUAGAGAUAGUGUAUUCAGUAGCAUUAAGGAAAGACAAAUCGAUUGCUUUAACCCACCCAGUUCAAGUAAAGGUUAAGGGAGACUAGAGUCUAGAUGAUAUCUUUGAUACAAUCUCCUACGCAAAAGGCAGUGCGAUCGUUUUGAUGAUGUAGGCUGUGAUAUAAAAUGAAUAAGUAUUCUAAGAUUGCUUAAGAGCUUACAUGAAUAGAUUUAUGUGGAAAAAUGCUACUAGUCAAGACUUGUUUUAGGUAAUGGAGGAGGUAUCAGCAAUCCCUAUAAUGGAUAUUUUUACACAUUGGAUUCAAACUCCUUGCUUCCCAAUUUUGGUUAUUGACAGAAUUUCUGAGGACACUUAUACAUUUUGGCAAAAAUGCUAUGAUUCUAUGAAUUCAGUUGAAUAAUGGACUAUCCCUGUUAAGUUUGUUACUAGCAAAGGGCAGACAGGAUUCGUGAUGUUGGAUUAGAAAAUGUCUUAAGUAAAAAUUGAGGGACUUUAAGCUGAUGAAUACACUAAGUUUAAUCAUAACGCUCUUGGCUUCUUUAUUUGCUAUUAUGUGAAUCAAAGUGAAGUAGAUGGAUUGUAUUAUUCAGAUUUUAUGGGGGAUAUUGAUAGAAUGGUAUUCAAUUUGGAACUAAUGGUCUCAGGUAAAUAAGUUACACCAAGAGAUGAGGAAAAAGAAAAUGAUGAAGUAGAUGAUGCUUUGGAGAAUAAGGUUGAAUGA